AUGUGGCAACAACAAUUGCAAUUGGUAUGGCACUGCGAUGACGAGUGGAGGGGCGGAUUGAUGUUGAAGCCGCAAAAGGCCGCUGGGGAGCUGACCGGUGACGGCGCUAGUCCUGUUUGGGCGAUUUUCCCUGUCCGCCUUUACUGCCUGAAAUACAAGGCUUCACAAGACCCGGUCAUUGCAUCUGCCUACCCAUACUGGGCGCAAGAGCUUCUGAGUACAUAUAUCUCUCUACCUUGCCAACGGGCUCGAGAAUGUAUCGUUACCCGAUUUGAGACAAAUUUCUGGGAUAUCCUGGGCCAGAACACGGCUAUGGCGACGAACAACAACGCACACCCCAUCUCGUCCGGCUCACGCACAAAACUGGAUGCCUUCCGCUACCAAGACGCGAAGACGGCCCCAGAGAAGGUGCCCUCGAAAGACGGGACACAACCCGCACAUGGAAAUAAAGAGAACCAGAGCUCAUGGCUGAACGGUGUGGUGGAACCGAUGCAUACAUCUCCAGACAAGAACGACCCUUCGCCGGCAGAGUCCUCAGUGAAUGACCUUAAGCCCGUCAAAGAAUGCCCUCAGACUCCAGGAAAUCGGAUACCUCUCGCAGACCUCAUUAGCAAUGCUGAAGAUUCUUUCGACCCGGCGCCGGGUCCAGAGGUGACGCCUGUGGACCAUGUUGUCUGGCAACAUAUUCCUGCAAGCUCAAACCCAGACACUUCGUCCCAAACACCGGGCGGCCGUCGAAGGAAACGUCGUCACAGCUCAUCCCCUGCCGGCUCUCCCUCACGCACAUACUCGGAAAAGACCAAGGAACCACUCGAUCUUCAAUCCAUACAAGCUCUUUUUAAAACCCCUCAACAUGAUCUUGCUGCAGAGCUGUGGAAUAACUACAUGGAUAAACAUGUGGUUAACGGGACCGAGGAUCUCCCUCCAAACCGUCUAGCAAACCUUCUCUCCUCUUCUCCUCAAACGCCGGUUUCGGGAAGGACAAGUCGCGAUUCCUCGGGCUUAAGACGCUCGAUUAGCUGUGCUGCUGAGUGGCCAACAACCAGAGCGAAAAGAAGACGAUUCAAUCGCCAAGAUCAAGGCUCAGGUCGGGGUAUCUUCUCUCGCACCAGCAGCAAUGUUUUGGACUCGGGGAAAAAACAAUCCUCAAGGAUCAACUUCUUGCUGGAGACCAUUGAGAAAAGCCUCCAGCCGCCCCAGCCAACCGAGAUGGGCCCACUUGGUUCUUCUCCGUUGCGGCAAAGGGUCGAUGCCCAAAGAUGCCGUUCGUCGUCUCCAAUAACAGACCGGAAAGGACUUGGAAAUGCUGGGACUGAACAGGCUCUCCCUGUGCCAUCCGAAGAAAAUAGCGUAAUUGCCAAGACAAAUAAGUUUCACGACCUCUCAUCUGACUUUGGGGACGACGACCUUGAUCAAGACCUUAUGGAUCUAGCAGAUGCUUCAGCGGAUCCAUUUGUCGAACCAGAAAAGGACCGCAACGACUCUGACUUCUUGGGCUCCUCUGCCUGGUCGAGUUACGCGGCAGGAAAGCUUCAUUCAAGCCAUCCGAAGCCAAUAUCCACCACGGAUGACAAACCGUCAAUUGUUAAUGAAAUCAUGAAUAACGAACCCAAACCCGAUGAUUCGGAUGACUUCGAUGACGAGUAUGGCGAUCUCGACAAUUUUGAAGAUAUACUUGCAGAAUGCCACGGGAACACGGAACAGGCCAAUUCGUUCAAGCCGCAGGCCGUGGGCCUGGCGACCACUGCAUCUGCUGUCGCGGCCGUGAGCAUGCAAGGCAAGCCUAAUAUUCAAGCCCCAGCGGAUGUGACAGCAUCGUCUGAGGACGAGUUCGAUGAUGACUUCGAUCUGGACGCCAUCGAGCAGACUAUGAAGCAGGCGAGUCAAAAUGGUGAUUACAACCUGAAAGAUCGAACCGCCAUUAAACGUUACCUGAUCGUGGAAAUUGCAGAGAGCACGUACGUGUCUCUUAAAGGACGUACUCAACCCGAACAGGUACUAUCGGUCGAGGACGAAAAGACAAAAGCCCGAAGAGUCAUAAUCCUACGGGAUUCGUGGUAUGACACUCCCUGCAGCAAGGACUCAUAUCUUCAUUUGGUCGGAAAUUUCGAUUCUUCUGGUCUAUGCGUCGUAGACAACUCCAAUCAUAUGAUCAUUCUUCAUCCUGAUCAUUUGAUAUCAGCCACGGUCGUGGCAGACUCAGUCGAUUGUCAACGUCGAGCUGUUUUACAAGAUCGGAUCAAAGCCUUUGCCCAACUCGAAAAGCCGCAAGCAUUCGGUGUAUUUUUCCACGAGGUCUUUCAAGAGGCCUUGAAGGCUAACCAAUGGGGUCUGGAUUCUUUGAGGUCUUUAGUCGAGAGAGUUCUGGUCGGACAUAUCGAAGAAUUGUACGCGAUCAACAUGAGCGUUCAAGAAGCAGUCGGCGAAAUCAUGGGCAAAAUCCCAACUAUUCUGGCUUGGGCAGAGGUUUUUCUCCAUGCAAAGCCACAGGCUAAUUCAAUGGUUGAAGAUCGCAACAGCUCAAAGCUCAACCUCAGCAUCAACAAAUUACUCGAGGUUGAGGAGCACAUCUGGUCACCCAUGUACGGGCUCAAAGGCAACAUCGAUGCCACAGUCCAGGUUGCUUGUCGCGAUGAUACUGGUGUAAAAAAUCUUGUCGUUCCCUUGGAGCUGAAGACUGGGAAACGCGAUACCAACCAAGGUCAUAGAGCCCAAACAGCUCUAUAUACACUCCUCCUUUCUGAUCGAUACGAUAUUGAGGUCACUUUUGGCCUCCUUUACUACCUUGAAACCUCGAAGACACUCAGCAUCCGAGGCAUUCGGCAUGAGCUUAUUCAAAUGCUGCAAGUAAGAAACCAGCUUGCUGUUUACAUACGCGAGAAGACGCAUCUCCCUCCGAUGCUCAAGCGGUCGCGCAUGUGCAAUAGGUGUUAUGCGAAAACCCCUUGUCUCGUAUAUCACAAACUCUCAGAAGAUGGCACUGGUGAGACAAGCGGCCUUGGUGAAAACUUCGAGACUGCAACGCAACACUUGAGCCAAGGUGAUCGUGACUUUUUUCGUAAAUGGGAUGAACUCCUUACCAAAGAAGAAGGGAAUUUGGUGAGGUUUCGACGGGAGCUGUGGACUCUGCUCAGCAAGGAACGUGAAUCCCUUGGUCGGUGCUUUGGUGACGUCGUGAUCAAUCCGCGUUCUGCGUCAGAGGAUAAGAAUGGGACGAAGAUCAACCGUUACCGUUAUACCUUUGUCAAGCGCCAAAAGUCUCCCGGUUUCUCGUUCGCCGAAUCGCAAAUAUCCGUUGGUGAGCCAGUUGUUGUGUCCGAUGAGAAGGGACAUUUUGCUCUUGCCAAUGGCUACGUGGUUCACGUGAGCGCGUCAUAUAUUACAGCUGCUGUGGAUCGGAGGCUACAUAACGCGAGAUCAAAAACGGCCGGUUUCGAUGCCAAGACAAACCAAUCUUUCAAGGGCAUCAUGGAAAUUGAAAAUGCUGAACCGGCAGCUUUGGAAGACCCGGACGAACAAAUUGUCUAUCGAAUCGACAAAGACGAGUUCAGCAAUGGCAUGGCAACGGUUCGGAACAAUCUCAUUUGCAUGAUGGACAAAGACCUCUAUCAAGCAAGACAUCUCAGGCGGCUCAUUGUGGAAGGUCAAGCUCCGGUUUUCAAGCCACAACCCGCUGCAUAUACCAUUGCCAGUUCCGACAACCUCAAUGUUGACCAAGAGCAAGCGAUUGACAAAGUCAUGAGUGCUCAAGACUAUGCGUUGGUUCUCGGUAUGCCCGGAACUGGCAAGACAACCACCAUUGCUCAUAUCAUUCGAGCACUCGUCGCGCAAGGGAAAAGUGUUCUACUCACUUCUUACACACACACAGCAGUCGAUAACAUUCUGCUGAAGAUUCGUGAUGACGACAUCCGUAUCCUUCGCAUCGGUGCUCCGACGAAAAUUCACCCUGAGAUACAAGAUUUUGCAGAUCUCGCGGCUAUUCCAAAACCGACCAUUGAAGAGCUGAAGGACUCGUACGAAAAUCCGCAAGUCGUGGCUACGACUUGUCUUGGUGUGAAUCACAACAUCUUCAACCAGCGCAUCUUCGAUUACUGCAUUGUCGAUGAGGCAUCACAGAUUACGCUUCCUGUCUGUCUAGGUCCAAUCCGUAUGGCAAGGACUUUCAUCUUGGUUGGUGACCACUACCAGCUUCCGCCAUUGGUACAGAACAAGGCGGCACAGGAAGGAGGCUUGGACGUCAGUCUCUUCAAAUUGUUAUCCGAUGCGCAGCCCGACUCGGUUAUCAGUCUAGAGCAUCAGUACCGCAUGUGCGAGGAUAUCAUGCUGCUUUCGAACACGCUCAUCUACUCCGGCCGCUUGAAAUGUGGCACACCUCAAGUUGCAGCCCGCUCACUUGACAUUCCAAACAUCCAUGCCCUCAAGCAAUUUCACACCGAUAAUGAAUGCUCAGCGCAGUCCCAUCAACAGCCAUCGUCCAAAACCCUCCUGGUCAAUACGGAUCCUCUUGGUGCCAUGGCUCUCGAAAGUGCGCAGGGUCAGCGCAUUGUGAACCAUGCCGAAGCCAUCCUCUGUUCCCAACUUGUCGAAUCCUUCAUCGCCAGCGGAGUCCAACCUCAAAACAUUGGUGUCAUUACGUUCUACCGCAGUCAACUCUCCAUCCUUCGGCAGACGCUUCGCCGCUAUGCCCCGGACCUGGAAAUGCAUACCGCGGAUAAGUUCCAGGGCCGCGAUAAAGAAGUUGUCAUUCUUAGUUGCGUUCGGAGUAACUCAGAUAAUCAUGUUGGCGAGCUUCUUCGUGACUGGCGCCGUGUAAAUGUCGCGUUCACGCGCGCUCGCACCAAACUCCUUGUCGUCGGUAGCAGAUCAACUCUUCGUGAUGGUAACGAGCUUCUUUGCAAAUACGUUCGCCUCGUCGAGAGCAAGAAUUGGGUCUACAAUUUACCGCCAGGUGCCACCGAGAACCAUGUUUUCCAAGCUACUGGUUUCAACUCCACACAGCUACCCUUUCAGUCUCCUGAGGCAUACUCAAUGGAUGGAUCUGCAAAGAAAGGAAAUAGCCCUACUGUCAAAAAGUCCCCCUCGCGCGAGCCACUCAGCCCCUUGGGCUCUAGGCAACCUGGGCUGCGCAAGCCUGCGAAGAAAGGUGCCAAGCUGUUCAAUGGAAAUUCUGUCAUCGGAAACAGGCCUAUCAUUCAAGACCUGGUGAAUGACAUAUCUGGAUAG